UGUCUGUUGGGUUAAAAUGUUCACGAGCAUGACCGAAGCUGUUUAAAUUAAUGCGUGUAUACUGUGUAUUCAAAUUUAUUGUUUUGGGGAAUUGACUUCAAUAGGAUGACAGAAUAAAAACCGGUUAUCACACCCUUGUUAAAUGUGUAUUGUUGCUAUCUAUAGUUGAUGUAUUAGUCAGUGAAUUGACUGACUUUUUAAAGUGUGGAAGUUUGGAUAUAAACAUCCAAUAAAAAACGGAUCUGUUCGUAUAAAGGAUUAUUACAACAAGGUUAGUGUGUCUUGCAGAAGAGAUAUGAGCCUGCGGCGCUUACUUGCUGUUCUUCUUUUCUGUGGUUUAGAACAAACGGCCUUUUCAGGGCUUGUUGAUGUCGGGCAAGAACGUGUCUGUGAAGAUGGCUGGGCUGAGAUGACAGAUAGAGUCUCCCAGGGGACAAUCUGUAUACAGGUCAACACCGCCCCGAAAUCUUGGCGUGAGGCCGAAGCCUAUUGCUCUGGAAGCAUCUCCAAUUUGAUAUCGUUGGACAGGAUAAAUGACUUUGAGGUGUUCUUACCUAGUACCGAGUCAAUAUCUCGUGUUGGAGAUAUCGUGUUUGACAACUAUAAGCUGACGGAAUUUUGGAGCGGAAUGUACACGUCCAAAGAGGGCCGUCUGAUGUGGGAUGACUACGGUCCACAAUUCGUUCGCAAGUUUUUUCCCGCGAGUUGGAAUUGGGGACCUAACGAGCCGGACCCUACACAAGGUGCGUGUGGACGGACAGUGCUCGGUACCAGCCCGAUAGGUGACACUGGCGACUUUCAGUUUAACGGCAGCAUUGAAGUGUCCCUAACGGAUUGCACAAGGCCGCUUCCGUUUAUAUGCAAGAAAGAUCCGGUGGAAAUCGUUGUUAAAAAAGCACGCUUCUGCGAAGACAACUGGUAUGGAAAUCAAUAUGUCCCAGUGUGUUAUCAGAUAUUCAAAGAGCCACUUCCGUUCCAAGAGGCGCGCGCAUCGUGUGAAAGCCACAAGGGGAAAUUGGCAGUCGCCUUCACCAACUUUGAACGCAGGAUGAUUGUGGCGGUGUUUUUAUUUUAUGAACGUACAGAUGAAUACUUCACAAGCAAAACAGUUGACCAACUUUGGGUGAACCAGACGAACGUUGAAAGUCCGUGUACCGUGUAUUUCACGUUGCGAAACGAUUUUGCGCCUGUUGGAACGUGUGAUAGAAACCAUUUGUACAUCUGCACCAAACCAACAAGGUUUUUAGGUCAUCCCGAAUUCGAGAUUGGAGGCCCGUACCUGGAUCAAAACGAGCUUCUCGAGUAUGCACCCUUUACACCACUCACACUGUACGGACAACUUGACAGGGCCUUUUAUGAAGGAGAAGUUGGAUUUGUUCAUACGCCCACUGCAAUUCUAAAUUCCACAUCGAAUUAUAUUCAGGAACAGUACCCUGCGCAAUAUACGGUAAAAAUAUCUGAGAAGAAUUCAACGGUAUGCAGUGUGAACGUAACGUUUCCACUCCCGUCGGCAUAUCAACGUUUACCAGAAAGAAAACGACGUCAGGGGCAGUCGGAAUUAUUCCGUUCACGGAAAACAAUGUAUCCUACAAGAGCGCGUCCAAACCAAAAAGCCAAUCAAAUUCAACUACCUAUUUUUUACGUCGAUUACGGCUACAUCAUGCGUACGACCGGUUACUACACGUUUGGCGUGUACAAUAUCAACCCUCCUCAAUCUUAUGAACCAACGACUCCCGUGCUCGUCCGGUACUCGGAAGCGGAUUUGUACAUAUAUGUUGCCUUCAUUGACUUCGUGCCGCCAGGCUUUAAGGAGAUGUAUAUACCCAUGUCUGCUAUACACGAGUUUAAUCUCCUUAAAGAUGAGAAUUACCUUUAUAGAAACGAGUUCACUUCAAGGUUCACUUCAAGGAUGCUUAAUUCGUUUAACUUGCCCCCUGCACUGCGGAUAGUAGCAAACGAUUAUAGAGGAAAGAUUGAAAAUAUCAGCUCAAGCACACUGAAGAUGCGUAUAUUUGUGGCUCCAAGUGUGUCCAGGGAUACAUCAACCGAUCUUGAACAAACCGUAUUGCAAAUUGUCAAGGAGCAUUUAAAAACUGAGGCUAACAGCUUCGUAUUUAAUCCCGAGUCUAUAGUAAUUCGGAGUACAGUCGCUUGUCCACUUGCCGUUACACAACAAGAUGGAAAGAAUGUGACGUUUCCAUCAACACGGAUUGGGAGCGAGGCUUUUAGCUGGGAACGUUGCUACUCAGAAAACAAAGCCUUAGCUACUGCCGAUUGUGGAGGGAAUUAUGACGAUGGAGCGAGGUGGCAAAAUAUUAGACUGGCCCAUGGUUGCGGAGUUGUUCCUGCUUAUAACCAGUCCAAUAGCACUGUAGAGCUUAAAAAUAUGUCUGAGACAACAUUUGAUAUACAAAACUUCAAGGAAAUUUUGGAUAUUACCGUGAAUUUGACAGACCCAGCUUUUAACUUAACGGAAGCAGAUGUCAUAUACGCUGCUGAUAUUCUCUACCAUUACCUGGACUUUGAUUUUGGAAAUACUGAGGAGGUGAUGGACUAUGUUUUUAGUAUUACUAACAACAUACUUCGGACCAGCCCUGAAUCAAUAGACCGCGCCCAGAAGAUUUCAAACGCUGCGAACAGGAUUAUUCUAUCAGUUGAUGACCUAACGAAUCAAGUUCAACUAUCCACCAGCGACUCCUUGCAGUUUAUUCGAGACUUUAUUGCGAGCGAAAUAUGGGUUCAAGAUGGAUUUGGUGACCUUGUAAUUGGAAUAAAUCUUAGUAAUACGACUGCUAAGAUGAUAGAACAAGACUCUCUUUCAUCUAUAAAAAAUCCGGAUGAUGUUGAUGUUCCGACUGUUGAUGCAGCUAUUUACCUUGAUGAAAAUUUGGUCAAAGGAAGUUCGUCGAGACUCACCUUUCACAUUUAUGCAAAGACCGACAUAUUUUCAACUGCUGGAAAUCGAUUCAAAAUCAACAGUAAAGUUGCUGCAGUCAGAUUAACAAAGAAUGGCAGAAACAUUGUACAGUUGGGGGAUGAUUCUGUAACGUCGGUGUUUCAUGUUUUUGAGGACCACAGUCACCUUGUUUGCUCCUACUGGGAUUAUUCUGCAAACGAGGAUGCAGGCGGUUGGAAAACUGAAGGGUGUACUAUGACGUCAUCAGUCGACAAUAUUGUCAUCUGCAAGUGUAACCAUCUCACAAACUUUGCGGUGUUAAUUGAUCUUAAAGGUGGUAGUGGAAUUUCUGAGGCUGACAAACUUGCAUUAGGAAUUAUCACAAAAGUUGGACUCAGCAUAUCAAUAAUAGGCCUCGGGCUUACCAUCCUUACGUUCAUUGUUUUCAAGCACUUGCGCAAUGGUCGUGGUCAACAGGUCUUGAUUAACUUGAGUGUGUCAAUGCUGUGCUCCGCAAUAUUGUUCCUUGUUGGUGUGGAGCGGACAGAGUCGCGUGGUGGAUGCAUCGCUGUGGCUGCACUUCUUCAUUACUUUAUCAUCGUAUCAUUCAUGUGGAUGCUUGUCGAGGGGAUCUUGCAGUACCUGCGAUUUGUCAAAGUAUUAGGAACAUACAUUCCUAAAUUCAUGAUCAAGUCGAUGAUACCGGCAUGGGGAAUACCCUUGAUUCCUGUUAUUAUAGUUUUGGCUAUCGAUUAUGAUAUGUACUACGGUGGAAAAGGAUAUUGCUGGUUGUCAGGAGAUCCACUGCUGUAUGCAUUUAUUAUUCCAAUAGCGGUCGUUAUUCUUGCAAACCUCAUCGUCUUUACGUUGGUCAUGUGUAAUUUGUUUCGACGAAAGAAGAAUACCAUGAUAUCAAACCAAUCGGAACGCAAGAUGGCAUUCUUGCACUUUCAGGCUGCUGUCUCCAUAUUUGUCAUUCUAGGUCUGACGUGGGUGUUCGGUUUCAUGACUGUUGAUGACACCAGGAUUGUCUUCCACUAUCUGUUUGCGCUGUUCAACGCCUUCCAAGGACUCUUCGUCUUCUUGUUCUUUACUCUCAGGGAAAAGCAGAUUCGUAAUGCCUGGAGAAAGUUAUGCUGUCCUAAAUCCGUUUACAAGUCUGCGACAAGUUCAGAAGGAUACAAAGGCAAGAGUGCCAACUCCGACACCAAAAGUACGGAGCCUUUGGGCCCAAGCUCAAACAGUACAGGCUACUCCAAUGGGGGGCGCCAGAGAAGUGACAUUUAGACUUAUGAUCAUAUUUCAUGGGUAGAAGCUGAAGCGUUCACUCUCCUCCUUAGUGUAAUGCUAAAAAAACUCUCCACAUUCACCCCUGGAAUAAAUCAUCUAUCACUGUACAUAACGCACAUUUCUUGAAUUUGUAGCUCAUCUGGUUUUGGUUUUCACGAAAACAUUUUAUUUUUUGUCAUAUCUUUGUUGUCGUUAUUGGUGCAUUUGCAAUAUACGUUGGAGCCAUUUAAAAUAUUUCUUUGAAAUGUAACUUGACUAUAUGUUAAAACUUAUUCUAGCUAUAAAUUACAACCCUUUAACAUAUUUGUCCGAUGAGUUCAUGUUUCCAAUGACAAUGCGCAAAGAUUUAUAUUGAGUUCUGCCUCUUGGUCAAUUGGAAAAUCAGGUGAGCGUUGCUGUUUGUUUCGAUGCUUGUUUUAUUUUCAUUGUGGUCGAAUCUUGAAACUAUGGCAUAACGUCAAUAAAGACUGAGAUAUAAGCUGAAUUGCAUGCAAUAAGUCUUUGCCAUAAUUCCAUUGUACUCAUUAUGUUGCCCUGUACCUGUCGGGUGUUCCGGGUAAAUUUAAAAGGGGUUUUAUACAUACUAAUUUGAGAAGAAGAAAUUCUUUGUGUUUAUUACAAGCUUCUAAUCUCGUAUUAAAGAAGGCCCAUCCGGGUUCAAAAUGUUAGGGAAUUCCUUUUUGCCGCUGUCAAAUAGUCAAAAAGAAGUUGAUACAGCUUGGCGUUUGCCCAGUGCCACUAAACCGGGUUUAUGUUUAAACUGUUUGCUACUGAGCUUGUUUCUGUAGCUUUUUGCAUAAAUACUGAUAUGCAUGUGUAUUCUCAUUGUCAGACAUUCCUUAUACUCGAUUGUAUACUGCACUGUGUGGUCUAUACUAUAUGUUUGCGGUUGGAACUGUUUUGUACAUUUCAACUUUGCUUAUAUAGAAAAUUGGAAUGAAAUCUAUUUUUGUAUAUUGUUUAUUACAUCAUAUACACUUAUUGCAGUCCCGGAUCUACGUUUGCUGCCAUAACACAAAUUGUUAGUCACAAAUUUAAUUUUAUUUUUUAAUAUCAGUUUUUGGAGUUGAUAUUUAGUUUUUUGUACAUGUAUAUGUUAAUAUUAUUGACCACGUAACUUUAUGAACCUUAAAUGCACUUAUUUUGGUAAUAAAAAGGAAUGCUUGUU